AUGGCCAUGAGGAUACUCAACCUGACCACAAGUUCAUCCGGAUGUGAAAGAAAUUGGAGUGUUUUUGAACAAGUAGAUGCAAAGAGAAGAAAUAAACUGGAUGUGAGUCGUAGGGACGAUCUAGUUUAUGUUCAAUUAAAUGGAAGAAUGCUACACAAGAGAAAGAAGUACUCAACAUCUUCUGAUGUCCUCCUUGGUGAAGAUGCUUCCACAUCCCAAGAUUGGAUACGUGAAGAUGCUUACGUUGAUGAUGAGAUGGAGGAAACCGAAGAUGACAAUGCGAUGGAGCCUCGUAGAAGUCUAAGGGUGAGAGAACUACAUGAAGUGGAAAAGUUUGUUUCCGAUGAUGAAAUUGACACUGUGCCUAUCAAUGAGGAUGAUACAGAGUUCGAGUGUGAUGAUGACGGGGCUGGGAUAGAAGAAACCAAUGACAAUGGUGAGGAAGACCAUAUGCAACCUUGA